AUGAACGUCGUUGGAGCACCAGUCGUAGAAUUUCCUUUGAUUCGAACGGUCGAGCGGACGAUUGGGAAAGUGUCUGAGAAUUUGCGGAAUUGGAUGAACAAAAAGCGACAAUUUGAGUUUGUCGAUUUGAUAUUUGGGUUUCACCAAAACUUUAUGCGUUUGUUGGUAAUGACGCGAUACCUCAAGUUUGACCACCCAUACAUCAAAAACGUGUUGGUUGGGAGUCAAGUCUUGUUACUCAACAUUUUGUAUAUGAACUCGCUGGGGCAGGGCCUUGUCGACUUCUCGAACAAUUACUCCAUUUUCAGAGCAUUGCCAUAUGAGAUAGAAGCCGCACUUUCCAUAUUACUUCAAGGGAAUUUCGAAAAACUCCCGCUGAAAGUCCAGGACAUCAUCAACUUCCAGAACUCCCUUGUCGACCCUCGGAAUAACUUUAAUAAGAUCACACUGUUCAUUCGUAAGUACUUCUACCUCCAUUCAAAUGAAUAUAUAUUCCAAAGUGUCGACAUUAUACUCGGAAUGAUUGUGUGUAAGGCAAAGAACUUCACGGUGUUUUUAACAUUAAAGAAUCCAAAUGUAGUAUAUGAGGGGGGCAAAGUCGAGUUUUAUGUCGUCUCCAUUUACCCCAAUGAAGAGGGAAUUAACUGGAAACGAAUGAACACACAACCAGUCGAUUCCUUCGAAUUCUUGCUUCAAGAGUUCAAUCAUUAUGUCAACUCACUCAUUUGCUCAGAUUUGAGUGAUCACAACAAGAUUGAGAAUGGGCAGAAUGAGAAAAUGGAAGAAGAAGGAAAAAACAUGGAAGAAGAAGACGGAUGGAAAGAAAAACUCGAAAGAAUGCGCGCGUUUUUGGACAAAUACGUCGUGUUCGUACACAAACACGUUCUCGUCAAUAAGACCAGAUCAAGUGUGACUAUGGGGUUAUACCCGUUCAUGAAUUCAAUACUCUCAAAUUCGGGAAAUAAAAUAGACGUGUAUUAUUGGGGACAAACAGUCGAAGUUUUAGACCAAUGCCCCACCAGUUUCAGAUUACUGACAAGACCAAAGUUGGUUAUUCAAUACACCCCAUCAAUGCACAAAAUCGUUAUUACACACGAACCUGAAAUUGGAAUGGAGUUGGAUUCAUCAGAAACACUCUUUUCGUUGAUCAAUAAAGUAUCGACACGGACAGUCAAAAUAUUCCAAAACAACUUACUGUCAUUCCCUUUGUCGUAUUGCAAGACACCCAAAGUUCAAGUGUCUUUAUUGACUGGAAAGUGCAGACUGUUUGACAUCGGUCUUCCCCCAUCACUGGUUCUUCAUUUUGAAACAAUGUUGGCUAUCGCUAUUACACAUGAAAACGUACUAAAAACGACAAUGGAAGAUUUUGAAAAAUGCAAAAAACUCGCGACAAUACACAACGUGGCAAUGGUCCAUUCACAAUUUUCUAAGCUGAAGGAACCAGAAGUUUAUUAUUUGAAAGCACAACCAGGAGAAUCUCUGAUCAGAGGAUUUCCUCUUAAUUUUUCUUUGAGCGAAGUUGCGUCCAUUUAUGUUGGAAUUGAAAAUGGACAAAUUGUCAUGAAAUACAUGAUCAAUUCGGAAGAGAGACAAAGCGCUGAAUGUGAUGAAAAUGUACUGAAAUCAUUUGAUGACCUUUACGACUUUUUCUUUUCUAAAUUUGAGUCGAUGUUACUGAAGGCUUACCAAACGACUUUCAAGCUGUUCUUCACAAAGUAUUUCAAAAAUCUGAAAGGAGAGCAUUUUAACGUUAUCGAAAGAGCAAACAAUUCACUGUUGAUAACACAUGUUAACAUUCCUUUUAUUCAUUCAAUUUCGAUUAAGGUGAAUGCAGAGACUGUCACUCUAUUUCUGUCGAGAAGUGGUAUCAAUCUUAAUAUUGAAAACUCUAAAAAUGGGGUAUACUCGUUUUCGAUACCAAGAAAAUACGUCGACGACGAUAUUAACACUCUGAUGGGUAUUUACGCCCCAUUUUUACAUGUACUUCUCUUUUCGUAUUUAUUCAAUUUCAAUAACGGAAUGUCGCACAACGAGGCCGAGUACACAAACAAUUCCGUGACUAUUGCACAUACAUUGAGAAUCAAUUUUGUGUCAACAAAUCCUGAGAAGAUUUCAAUGAAAUGUGAGGUGCUCUAUCCCAACACCCAAAGUUCGGUGACUGAGAAAAUCAAAAAGAGAAUCACUUUUUCGUUUAUUUCGGAUAGCUUGACAAUCCCCCAAUUUACUGAAAUGAAAAACGCGAUUAGAGGCUUAAAUAGCCAUGUGUUGGAAGGCGUUGUAAACCACCCAAUGACAACACAAACUUCAUACACUCUGGAUAUAUACAACUUCUUCAUUUACACGUUUUCCGUGGCGCCAGAAGGCGCAACACAAAUCAAUUUCAAUUCAUUCUACAGAGUUGUCCAUCACUUUAACCGCAAAAUAUCAUUUGACUACUACCCUUUCAUAGGUCCUUUCACAGAAACAAUUUUCAAGUCACUUCCAUUAAAAAAGGAUGCAGUCGACGAAACACAUCUCGAGUUGGCGUUGAAUCAAUUUUAUCGGGUGGCAUACCUCUCUCUUGUCUCGCUGUUCUUUUCUUCCUCAAAUUGCAUGGCGGACCAAAACAACACUUUCAAGUCGGGACAAUACAACGUCUCUGCUCCACUCACACUCACAAAUGCACAGAAAGUCAUUCAAAUCGAGCCUAUUCUCUCUAUUAACGACAACACAACCAAAGUCAUUGUGGACUAUUUCAACACAAAGUUUAGCACUCCAUUUAAAAGAGUUUCCAACGUAGCGUUAUUUGUUCAAGAUUACAUCAAUGUAGUACGACAAGACAGUGUGAAGGAGUUGUCUGUAUUACCCUCCGCAUUUUUUGAUAUUCCUCAAACGUGUGGGUUUGUGUUUGAUUUUCAAAUCCGGAAACACAAGCCACAGACAAAUUUGUUUGAAGUGUGCCUUACCUUUACCCUUUCUGGUGACAACCGGACUAAAAUACUGUUAUCGUACCGAGGUAGUGCCUGGUUUGUGAUGAAAGUGACUCCUGCGUCGAACAAAUUCAACUCGAACUUUGUCGAGUUUCUGCGUGGUGUUCUUGGGAAACAAGACAGAAACCGUGUCUCUGACGGGUUGGUCAAAAUUAUCGACGUUUUCAAAGCAAAUUAUCAGAAAUUUUGA